CAAUUAACAUUAAUAAAGCGUUUGCUUUAAUCAAGUUUGUUGCUUUACUUUUAGUUUCAAUAAUUGGUUUAAUAAGUUUACGAGAAGUCGGUCAUCGAGAGCAUUGGAAUAAUAUUUUUAAUAAUACACUUUCUGAUGAAACAUAUCAACGAUCUACUUUAGAAGAGAUUGGAGGCUAUGGCAAUGCCAUACUAAAG